AAAAAUGUCAGAUGACUUGAUAGCAGGUUUUACAGCAGUUCUUGAUGAUAUUUCAAAAUGCAAUAAAAGUCAAGUCAGUGAUCAUAAAAAUACCGAAAGUGAUGAUGUCGAGCAAAGUAUUAACGAGAUUUGUCCUGAUAAAUAUGAAUUCCGUUGGAAAGAAUAUCCGAAAUUGCUGGAUAAAGAUGAUCUAAAGAAGCUCAUUAUAGCUGAAUAUAAGAAGUCAAAAUCUUAUGACAUUCUAGUCCAAAUUGAUGAAAAGAAAUUUGAGUGUCAGUUGCUGAUAUUGAAAUGUUAUUCUGAUUUUUUUGCCAAGAGAUCAAAGGACGAGAAAGUGAUUGAAUUGAAUGGAACUGCCAUCAAUCCUAAUGCAUUUUAUAGCAUUUAUCGAUGGAUGAUUUCAACCUCAAAGAAAAUUGAACGUGAUGGAUUGAUUCCAUUGCUAAUUGGUGCUGAAUAUCUUCAGGUAUCACAACUUGUUGAGCAAUGCUGGAAUCUUAUACAAAAUGUCAACUGGUUUCAGGAAGAUCAAGCAUAUUUAUUGUAUAAAGAAGCAAGGACAUGGAAAUAUGAAAAAAUCCAGUCAAUGAUGAUGAAACAAGUCAAGAAGAUUUUUCUUACAGUCAUUGCUACUCACGAUUUUGUUAAAAUGGAUAAGGAUGAAGUCAAGCAAUGGCUGCAAUUAGAAAAUAUUGGAAUCAACUCUGAAGUUGAGAUUUUCUAUGCAGCAGCACGAUGGCUGUUACAUGAUUGGAAUGAGAGACAAAAAUAUUUAAUGGAACUGAUGAUGCAAGUUCGCUUUGGAUUGUUUCCAUCUUGGAGAAUUGUGAUAUUAAGGAAGAAUGAAAAUACAGGAAAAUUACAAGAACUUUUGAAGAAUCAGGAACUACAGAAAUAUUUGGAAGACAGCAUGUCCUAUUCAAUUUAUCGUAGUUGUUUUGAAUCUACAGAUUAUCCUCGAUUUGCUGACUUCCUUUGUCGAUUUGGGUAUCAGCAGCUUUUUGAACGAGAAGUCAUUUAUGAUUCUUAUUGGCAAAAAUGGUACAAAAAGUCACUUUACACAUUCGAAGACUUUCUAAAUUACUUGAAAUACAUUAAAUCUAAUGCAUUCAUACAUUCGACUCAAAUACAAAGUAAUAAAAACUAG